AUGUGCAGGGAACUCGCUGCGCGCCUGCGCCUGCGGAGGCUAGAUGAGGCCGGCAAGGCAGCCUGGCUCGACAAGAACACGACGGAGGUUUUUGUUGACCCUCUCACCAAGCCAUACCCCGACUACCAUUGGUGGGUUGCUGAGUCGCCCGAGACAGCCGAGCAGUGGAGACCUCGAAUCGAGGAGGGCAAGCAGGCGGACAGGCGCCACACGCGGCACCCUAUUGCCGUGGAGGACCCCUCGAAGCUCGCACACAUUGUGCACGAGGAGGAGAGUGUAGUUUUUCGGGACAGGAAAACAGGCAAGGUCGUCAUGAUCAUAAUCCGGGACUUCUGUAAGGACAAGAAGGCAAUAUUUGAGUCUCAUUUGUGCUCGUUAUUGACACUUGUGCACCAGCUCGAGGACCCGGGGAAGCUUGUGCUUCUCGGCUACACUGCUGGUUCUCGCAGCCACCCUCUGUACGACUGGGCUCGGAACCUCCGCUCCUCCAAACACACCGCAGAAUUCAUACGGGAGCACGACUUCCGUGUAUCAUCAGUAUUUGCUCUCUUCUGGAACCUGAUCCAGUCACACCUUCCUGAGGAGGUCCUCGCUCCGUUCGAGUUGUACCUUUCCGAGAAUUCGAUGGGUCGCAUGGACGCCAAUUCGAAGUCGCGGGAGUCGAAAGGCAUCUAUAUGGUGGAGUGCGGAGACGAGUACGUCGAGUUCAAUGAUGCCAAACUCGCACCGCCUGCAGGUGUGGCUGGUUGUAACUAUGCGCGUGCCAUUCAUCGAGAGAAACAGCCCCAGAAAUGGGCGUUCUCGUGGACGACUUCUCGCCGCAAGGGUAUGACAGGAGGGAGUUUCUACGAGGCAGUCUAUGGCAUCAAGGUAUGCCAGGCUCCCAACACGAUGAUCGCGUGGAUGCCUGAGCACGACCAUGGCACGAGUCUGCUCGAUUACAGCUCGGAUCGGAAGGAAGAUGUUCCGCCUUUCGCGCAGGCUGGCAUCGCCUUUGUUACGAGUACCCGCCUUGCCUCCACCUGGCAGAAGUAUGUUGAGGGUGAGGAUUUUGCGACUGCGGAGAAGGAAUGGGUGGAGAGUAUGGAGGAUGACGUCGAGAGCAGCUGUGGCGAUGAACUAUGCACCCUCUGCCUCGAUGACGGUUACAACUGCAGUGUCAAUCCCUGCCCAAUUUGCAUUUAGUCGUAACUCAUCACUCGUCUUCAUAGCUAGCAAUAUUCUCAAUUUACACAGAGUAGACA